AGCCAAGUCGAGAGCCAAGUCAGCCAGUCCCAGACCGACAGCUAAGCAAUUUCCAUGGAAAUGUGUUUGGCUCCGUUUACUUUGCUGCUGCUGCUGCUGCUCAGCUGCAGCUGCACAGAUGCCAAGCCUCAGGACCUGGAGAGCAGCAUGCUGCUGGCCGUUGCCCAGAUGAAGCAGCUGGUGGAGAGCGGUGCCGCGGCACGGAACGAGCACAGCGUCGAGGUGCUCGGCCAGAAGAUGGGCGGGGCGACAUCUUUCGGCUUUGGCGAUGCGUUGCGCCCAGCUGCUGGACGUCGUCGUCGUCGGCAGGUGGAGCUGACCUUAAUGCGUCGACCUGAGCUUACCCCAAUAAAUACAUAGACUAAAC